UUCUACUCACGGGCACUAAAUAUGGAUGUGGAGGGAGGGUGGAUGCGGUGCCUGUACAGUGAUGGUGUCUACCAUUCAUCCAAUCUCCAAGAAGAUCUUACAUUACUCUGCCAAUGCAUGUCUACUGCCUAUCUGCUCAUUGCAUGGGGCAGCUGUUACCACAGUAGAGGGGAUUGGAAGCACCAGCACAAGAUUGCACCCAGUGCAGGAGAGGAUUGCAAAAGCCCACGGCUCUCAGUGUGGGUUCUGCACACCUGGUAUGGUGAUGUCCAUGUAUUCCUUACUGAGGAACCACCCAGAGCCCACCGUGGAGCAGAUAUAUGAGGCCCUUGGAGGUAAUCUGUGCCGCUGCACUGGAUAUAGACCGAUAAUAGAUGGUUGCAAGACAUUCUGCAAUAAAACAGACUGUUGUCAAUUGAAGGAAAAUGGUCAGUGCUGUAUGAAUGGACUUGACAAGCUUCAACCUUCUAGUGAAGGAGAAAAUAUUUGCACAGGACUGUUUAAUGAAGAACGUUUCCUACCCCUUGAUCCAACACAAGAUCAAUUUCCACCUGAAUUAAUUUUGAUGGAAGGUGACCAUAUAAAGGAGCUUAUAUUUCAAGGAGAGCGUAUGAAAUGGAUAACACCUUCCAACUUCCAGGAAUUACUGCAGUUGAAAGCUAAAUAUCCCAAGGCCCCACUUGUAGUAGGAAACACUACAGUAGGUCCUGAAAUGAAAUUUCGAGGUGUUUAUCACCCAGUGAUUAUUUACCCUGCAAGAAUUUUGGAUCUUAAUUUUGUUACAGAGAAUGAGAGUGGAAUCACAGUUGGGGCAGCCUGCAGCCUAUCUGAACUUAAAGAAACACUUCAGGAAGCUGUGUCUCGCCUGUCUGAGGAGAAAACCAAACUGUACCGGGCCCUUCUGCAACAGCUGAGAACCCUUGGAGGACCACAGAUAAGGAACACAGCUUCACUAGGAGGGAACAUUAUAAGUCGAUCACCAACAUCAGAUCUGAAUCCAGUUCUGGCUGCAGGGAGCUGCAUCCUUAAUCUUGCAUCAACAGAGGGAAAUCGUCACAUUUCUUUGGAUGAGUCGUACUUUCUUGGAACUGGAAUCUCACUCCUUAAACCUGAAGAGAUCCUGGUAUCUGUUCAUAUACCUUAUUCUAAGAAGGGAGACUAUGUGUCAGCAUUCAGACAGGCCCAGAGACAUGAAAACGCAUUACCCAUUGUCACGGCUGGCAUGAAAGUCCAGUUUAAUGAAGACUCUGACAUCAUUCAAGAUAUUCACAUUUUCUAUGGAGGGAUUGGAGCAACCACUGUCUGUGCAGAGAAAACCUGUCAGAAGCUAAUUACUAAGCACUGGGAUGAGGAAAUGCUAAGUGAAGCCUGCACACUUGUUCUUGAAGAGGUUUCUCUGCCACCCUCAGCUCCUGGUGGCAUGGUUGAAUAUAGAAGGUCUCUGACUCUCAGUUUUCUCUUCAAAUUUUACCUGGAAGUCCUGCAGACAAUCAAACCAAUGGACCCAAAUCAUCCAGACAACAGUGCCCUGUGUGACUUCCAAGCUCUGUCUUCUGACAACAUCCAAACCUUUGAGGAUUUAACUCAACACCAACCUUCCCAUGAUCCUGUUGGCCGACCCAUCAUUCAUCAGUCUGGCCUCAAACAUGCAACUGGGGAAGCUGUAUACUGUGAUGAUAUGCCCGCUCUAGAUGGGGAACUUUAUGUUAGAUUUGUCACCAGCUCAAGAGCUCAUGCGAAAAUUGUUUCAAUAGAUGUCUCUGAAGCCCUAGCACAGCCAGGUGUUGCGGAUGUCAUACAAGUGGAAGAUAUUCCUGGAGCUCCUCAGUGUAUGCAGGAAGGAGGAGAGGAGCAACUGCUAGCACGGGGAAAGGUGCUUGGCAUGGGUCAGCUUAUCUGCGCAGUACUUGCUGGUACACCCGCUUGUGCAAAAAAGGCAGCUGCCAAAGUGAAAGUGAUCUACGAGAACCUGGAACCAGUAAUUCUAACCAUUGAGGAUGCAAUUAGCCACAACUCCUUCUAUAAGCCACAGAGGAUGCUGGAGCAAGGGAAUAUAGAGGAAGCAUUUAAGUCAGCUGACCAGAUUCAUGAAGGUCAGAUCCACAUUGGAGGGCAGGAGCAUUUCUACAUGGAAACUCAGAGCAUCCGCGCUGUGCCCAAAGGAGAGGAUGGAGAGAUGGACUUGUACGUUUCCACUCAGGACCCAACAUAUACACAGGAACUUGUGAGUGCAGUUCUAAAUGUCCCAUCCAAUAGGAUUACAUGCCACGUAAAGAGAGUUGGAGGGGCUUUUGGGGGGAAAGUGACAAAAACAGCUUCACUUGCAGCAAUCACAGCAGUAGCAGCAAAAAAGACCAAGCGACCUGUCCGCUGUGUUCUUGAGCGGGGAGAUGAUAUGUUAAUUACAGGAGGACGACACCCAUAUCUUGGGAAAUAUAAAGUUGGGUUCAUGAAUGAUGGAAAGGUGGUAGCUGCAGAUGUGUCCUUUUACAGUAAUGCUGGUUGUACCCCUAAUGACUCUGUCUUGGUGGUGGAGGUUGGGCUGAUGAACAUGGAUAAUGCCUACAGGCUGCCCAACCUGAGAUUCACAGGAACAGCCUGCAAGACAAACCUACCAUCCAAUACAGCCUUCCGAGGGUUCGGGUAUCCACAAGCUGCAUUGGUGACCGAGACCUGGAUGAGUGAAAUAGCCAUAAAAUGUGGUGUGGCCCCAGAGAAGGUCCGAGAGAUGAAUCUUCACAAGGGUAUUAGCAGAACCCACUACAAUCAAGAAAUGGAUGCCAGGACUUUGGUGAAAUGCUGGCAUGAGUGUUUGGAGAAAUCUUCAUACCACAGCAGAAGAUGUGCCAUUGAGGAAUUUAAUAAAACAAGUUACUGGAAGAAGAAGGGCCUAGCUAUUAUCCCCAUGAAAUUUCCAAUUGGGUCACUGGCUAAAUUCUUUGGGCAGGCAGCUGCACUGGUUCACAUCUACAAAGACGGAUCUGUGCUUGUGAAUCACGGGGGAGUGGAGAUGGGGCAAGGAGUUCACACUAGGAUUAUGCAGAUUGCCAGUCGUGAACUACAGAUCCCGUUGUCAUACAUACACAUCUGUGAGACCAGCACAAGUCAUGUCCCAAACACUUUGGUGUCUGGGGGCUCCAUGGGAACAGAUGUCAACGGCAUGGCAGUGCAGAGUGCCUGUCAGACUCUCAUGCAACGCCUUGAUCCAAUUAAAAAGAAAAAUCCAAAAGGCUCCUGGACAGACUGGGUCAAUGAAGCCUUUUUGGAGUCAAUCAGCCUCUCUGCCACAGGUUUCUUCAGGGGAUAUGGUGGAGAAAUGAACUGGGAGACACGUGAGGGCAACCCAACCAAAUACUUUGUUUAUGGAGUUGCUUGUUCUGAGGUGGAGAUUGACUGUUUAACUGGGGAUCACAAGAACCUUAGAACUGACAUUGUCAUAGAUGCCGGAUGCAGUAUUAACCCAGCUGUGGACAUCGGGCAGAUUGAGGGAUCUUUUGUUCAAGGCCUGGGGUUAUUCACAAUGGAGGAGCUCAAAUUCUCUCCCCAAGGAGUGCUUUAUACUCGUGGUCCUGCCCAGUAUAAAAUCCCUGCUGCUUGUGAUGUUCCUGAGCAGUUCCAUGUCUCUCUGUUAACUUCAUCUCCAAAUCCACAUGCUAUAUAUUCUUCCAAGGGUAUUGGGGAACCGGCUUUGUUUCUUGGCUCAUCAAUAUAUUUUGCAAUAAAAGAUGCUGUGGCUUAUGCCAGAAAAGAGAGAGGAUUGCCUGAUCUUUUUACCCUAAACAGUCCUGCAACCCCAGAGCGGGUUAGGAUGGCAUGUGGGGACCGAUUCACUAACAUGAUCCCAAAAGAUGUUCCAGGAUCCUAUGUUCCAUGGGCCAUCAACAUAUGAACAGAUAUAGCUUUUCAGUCUUGAAAGCACAUUAUUUACUGGGAGAUGUCUUUUGAUGUUUUGCAAUUACCUCUUGAUUCAUUAAUGUCUGAUUAUAACAGAAAUUUAUAAGUUUUAGAUUUAGACCAUAAUUAUAAGGUGAUAGAGAAUAUAGCUGAUGUAUAUACAAAAAUUGGAUGUAUUUAGUUAUAAUCAUUUUCUAGAUAUUUCUAGAAUCACAGCUUCACUUACACACAACACCCUCCUCCCAAGACAAACAGGAUUACUUUAGAGACCAUCCUGGAAUCAUUUGAUGAUCAUCAAACUACUUUAGAAGUCAUUUGCACAUCAUCAGACAUCAUCAGGCUUGUAAAGUCAUCAGCUAAGGUAAAAAAAAAUCUGGGUGAUGACUUUAGAAUGAAAACCAGAUUACUUCACAAGCAGGAACAGCCAGUGAAUGCCUCUAGAGUCAUCUCAUUUAAAUAUUUUGGCCUGUGGGCAUACUUUAGGAUGGAUUCUGAUGUCUAGUCUGGAUUCAUCUAUUACUUCAGAAUGACUCCAGGAAGAUCAUCCUUUUUGACUCAUUUUCGUAUGUGUUUUAGUACCAGGCUAUGUUUAGCUAUGGCUACAUCUUAAUGUUUUUAUGUCUUACGUCACAAAAACAGAAUUUAUGCUUACCUGAUAAAUUUCUUUCUCUUACGGUGUAUCCAGUCCACUGAUUUAUCCUUACUUGUAGGAUAUUCUC